AUGUGGUCUGUUGCGGAGGAUGAAGCUCUAAUUGGUUUGUAUCUUCAAUUUAGUGAAGAUGCAAUUGUUGGUACAAACCAAAAAGCAGCUGCGCUAUGGCGAAAAAUAUCUGCAGCAUAUGAUCAAGCGCAGGCUGAGAAACCCCACAUCCUACCGCCAAGACCUUUGAGGAGUUUGGAAAGUCGUUGGAGAAGGAUGGCAACUGAUUUAAUACAAUGGAGUAGUUGCUAUGACGAAGCUGGUAGGGCAACUGGAAGUGGUUACAACGAAGCAGACCGAAUUAAUAAUGCAAGUAAGUUAUUCUAUAUUUCCUCCAAGCCUACUCCACAUAAUUUUAAUUGUCACCAUGGUUGGGAAAUGGUUAAAAAUGACCCGAAGUGGAGGACAAAACUGAGAUGGGCGUUGUCAAGAGAGGAAAGAUUAGCUUGCGGUGAUGCGGUCGAAGAUGACAGUAGUGGAAGUGAAAAGCGGUGUAGAACUGAAGAUGAAGAUGAUGUUCCCGUUACCGGUUUCUGUUUUGGAGGUCUUCCUCGACCUGAUGGCGUUAAAAAGGCAAAGUCCAGGCGUAAUAAGGGAAAAGGGGUGGCUUUUUAA